CAUCUUCCGGUUCCGGGAUGGAGGGGAAGAGACCGCAAUUCGGUAACCGGCAUCUGGAUGAUCCGAGUCGGGUUUUCCAGCACAAUGCAUGGGACAAUGUGCAGUGGUCAGAGGAGCAGGAAUCUGCAGCUCACAAGAAAGUGCAGGAGAACAGUGUCCAGCCGCUGCCACUGGAAAAACAAGAGGAAUAUGAGAAUAAAGCCAGCAACUUCUGGGAUGAUUUCUACACCAUUCACGAAAACCGCUUCUUCAAGGACAGGCACUGGCUUUUUACAGAAUUCCCUGAAUUAUCUUCCCGUUCCAGUACCCAAACUGGUACGGAAAGCCAAGAAGGACAAGUCAUGCAGCUGAAUGGUUGUCAGGAAGAAACAGAGCGAGCAGAUGUAGAAAAUCCUUUCCCAGGGGCCUCUGCUACAUACCGCAUUAUGGAGGUGGGAUGUGGCGUGGGCAACACGGUCUUUCCAAUAUUGCAGAAUAAUACAGACCCAGGCCUCUUUGUGUAUUGCUGUGAUUUCUCUAGUACAGCGGUGGAACUAGUAAAGAGUAAUGAGCUUUACAGCCCUUCCCGCUGCUUUGCCUUUGUCCAUGACGUCUCAGAUGAGCAGUCUUCUUUCCCCAUGCCCGAGCACAGCUUGGAUGUCAUUGUCCUGAUAUUCGUCCUCUCUGCCAUCAACCCUGCUAAGAUGCAGAAUGUCAUCUCUCGCCUCAGUUCUCUGCUGAAACCCGGAGGGUGCAUCCUUCUUCGGGACUAUGGCCGCUACGACAUGGCGCAGUUACGCUUCAAGAAAGGGCGCUGUCUGGCUGAGAAUUUUUAUGUGCGAGGAGAUGGGACCCGAGUUUAUUUCUUUACACAAGAUGACCUUGACACCCUGUUCAUCAGUGCUGGGCUACAGAAGGUGCAGAACACAGUGGACCGCCGGCUUCAGGUGAAUAGGGGCAAGCAGCUGACCAUGUACCGGGUGUGGAUCCAAUGCAAAUACGUUAAGCCGCAAGAGACAGAACUGCAGAAUGGUGGCUGUUCUUCCGAAUAAAAUGGCUGCACAUGUGGCAAAUAAAGUGACAGCCCAGUUCAACUGUGAUCAUGUACGAGAGGACAAAACAGACUGUAAAUAUGGAGAGCGAGGGAUUGUGCAGCUUUGUGUUAAGCAGGCUGACAUCCUAUACAGACAGACAGUAUGCGCAAAGUCUUUUAAAUUAUUCCUUGUCUUUUAAUCUAUCUCUGGGUCCCACCAAGGAAAUGCAGGGCAUUGCCAGGCCUCUUGGGUACACGUUUAUGUGCUCAUGUCUGAGCUUGCACUUUUUCGCAGACCCACUUUUUCACUUUGGACAAAUGCUUGCUUUUAAAAGAAUAAAGUUUUUAAUAAAGACUUUGUGAUAUUUA